AUGUCAAUUGUUAGUGAUACCAACAGUACGCAAAUGUGUUCAUUUUCAGGUGCACCAGAACUUCCACCAUGUCCAGACAUAACGGAAACACCUAAAGAAGAAACAAAAGCAAAGAAGAAUAAAACAAAUAAUAAAGAGAAGAUGAAUCAAUUUAUUAAAAGACAGAUGAAUGAUGAUCCAAUUGAUGUUAUGAUGGAUAUUAUUGAAGAAAAUAAACGAUUAAGAAAAGAACUAGAAAGAAUCCGAUUAAUGAAUUAUUUUGAUAUAAAUACACAAGAUAGUAGUGAUAUAGAAGAUGAGAGUGAAGUAGAUGAAAUAGGAAUAGAUAAAAUAGAUGAAAUAGUGAAUAAUAGAUUAUCUAAAAUUAAAGAAGGAAAUAAAAUACAACAAGUUCAUCAUCAAAUAUUCUUUUAUUAUAAUAGUUUAAAUAUUAUAUUAGGUAAACAAGGAACAGGAAAAACAACAUUUAUAAUGAAAGAAUUAAUAAAAAUGAAUAAAAUAGAACAUUUAUAUGGAGCAGUUAUUUAUGUAUCACAAAGUGCAGGAGAAGAUGAAACAUUUAAAGAAUUAAAAGAUUUAAUUAAAACACCAAUUUAUGGAAUGAAUUAUGAAAAAUUUAUGCCAGCAUUAAUACAAUAUUAUAAACAACCACAAGAAAAACAUUUAUUAAUUAUAUUAGAAGAUGCAUCAUUUUCACUAAUGAAAGAAGAUAAAUCAUGGGGAGAAAUUAUUACAAGAUUAAGACAUUUAAAAACAACUAUUAUUGUAAAUAUGCACAUAUGGAAAAGUUUAAAUGCCUCAUUUAAAACACAAGUAGCAACAAUUAUUAUAUUUAAAGGAUAUUCUAAAGAAAAUUUUAAUUAUAUAUUUAGACAAACAGCAGCAAAUACAAGUGGAACUGUUGGAUAUUAUUUAUAUUUAGGAAUGAAUAAAGAUCAAUUAUUAAAAAUAGAUAAUUUAACAGGAGAUAUAAGUGUUAUUAAAAAAUAA